AUACAAAUUCAUCUGUAGAGAUGAUUGACGGACCAUUGCUCAGUAUUACCUGCAACGAUGUCGCAAGGUAGAGCAACAUCACAGACGCGUCCUGCAGGCAGGACAAGAUCGCGAUCGCCCGUAUCACGGCCAACAACACCGCUGCGUGCAUCCUCUCGGUCUUCGUUCAGAGCAUCACAAAGCAAUGCCUUCACUGGGCCAUCUCCUCUUGACGCCUUUGAGCCGCAGUUUGCAGAGUUGAGUGACUCAAUCGCAGACCUCGAAGCAAACCUCAUGCACCUCCAGUUGAUGCAUGAAAGUCUUAGCAGGUUUGGAGAGAGUUUCGCCAGUUUCCUGUAUGGACUGAACAUGAAUGCCUUUGUGGUCGAUUUCCCAGAGGCGCCGAUUCCGGAAUCAAUCAAGCGCUUCCAGAGGCGACAGGGACAAGGAAACAUUGAUGAGACAACCAUUCUGCAAAACCAUGCAAACGAAGGGAAACCAGUAGAAGGAGACGCAACUCUUGCCACAGCUGAUGCCAGCUUCACGAGCAUGAAAGCGACUCCACGCCGCCGAACAAUGGCGCAAACAGUUACACCAAGUACAGCGUCGGCCAUGAAACAAAGCAAUGCAAACAGUCGUGGGGCAAGUUCGACGAGAGGAAGCAAAGCUCCUGUCCGUGGAGGGAGAGCUAGUGCCUUACCGCGUGGUAGAGGAAGGGGCACGAAAUGAGGGUGUCGUACAAAGCUUGACCACCUUUUUGAACGCCGAGCAUCAAAGGGUAUUUAGUGCAGACCUCUUCGAAUUUAUCCACUGUCCUCAUCGUCAACAGUCCUCGCAAGAGUUUCAAUUUGACAGCGACUCCUCAACUUGAAUCAAACACCUCAACAAAGCGGCAUCAAUUCAG